UUAUCAAAUAUUGCAACUGUAACUGUUACUUCAAAUUUAAAUGGCGGGUAGUUAAAUUUGUAAGAAUUGAAUAUGAAUGACGGGUAGUUUAAUUUUUUUUCUUUAUAAAUUGUAUCUUGAGUUUUUAUAAUAAAUAAGGCAGAACGCUUUGAAAUAUUUUACAUUCUAUGAGUUAUAUUUUCAGAAUGAACUGUCAAAUUUCAAAGUUAGCUGAAAUAUGUGAUUAUCAAGCAAGCUUUUCUCGCUUCACUCUAGUUGAUGAUAAUGAAGUCUCAGAUGAACGGCAAGAAUUAAAAAAUAAUUUGUUGCGCGAUUUACGCCGCUGCAUUGAAGUUGAAAUAUCCAAAAAGAAAACUGCAAAGGAUGUAAAUAUUUUACAGCAAAAACUUAAUGCUCUUGCUUGUAGAAAAGAAGAUUUAUUGAAAAAAGUAGAAGAAAAAGUGAAAGUGAAGAAACUAUAUGAUGAAAAGAGAGCUUUAUAUGAAAAAGUCCUGAAUCUUUAUAGAAAGAACCUAGGAUUUCGCAUGGGCACAACAAAAGAUGACGAAGACGGAUCAGAUAUCACUUUUGUGUUCAAUAAUAUCAGUAAAAAGAAUCCCCAACAAAUUUUUUCCAUAUCUUUAAUGACAGAUGGUGUCGAGUAUAAAGUAACCGAUUGUCAACCUGCAAUUGAUUCCUUAGAUGAACUUGUUAUGGAUCUCAAUAAUAGCAACAAUCUUGAAAAAUUCAUAAUUCAAAUUCGAAGAAAAUUUUGUUUGAUUUCAACUAUGCCUAAUGCUAAAUGAUUUAUCAUUUGCAUGUUGUUCUAUGUUGCUGCUGUAAUUUAUGCAUUAUUUUUAUUCUUUAUUACUGUACAUUAUUUUAAAUUAUUUUCAUUAUUAUCUACAUAUUUUAUAUUAUUUAGCUUGUUGGAAGUUUAUUGUAAAUUAGCAAAAUGUUGUAAAUAGUGUGUAUAUAUAUUUACAUUUUAAAAAAAAGCAUAUUUCUAUGUCAGUGAAAUAAAAAUCAAUAAAAUGUUUAAUUAAAAGCUUUUUUGCUAAUUUUAUUUGUGAUUUGCAACUAUUAAGGUUCAGAAAAGUUUACUUAAUAUUUUCUUAAAAUAUGAAACCUCUGUUGCAAAAGAUAAAUUGUACCUGCUGAAAAUUUUUAAAAGAAAUCUGAAGGUGUAAGUUAACAAUAAAAAGGUCAAAGUUAAGAAUAAAAUUAUUGAAAGUUUUUGAAUUAUGAGAUGUCUAGUCUAGAAGUUUCAUUUUCUCUGCCUAUUCCUUCGUCAUUUGUUCAGAAGUUUUGUUGGAAAGUUGGCUUAAUUGCUCUUCAUCGAAUCCAACAGGGCAGUCAGAAAAAGUUGUGCAUUUGUAUUCAAAACCACAGCACAAAUGUCACUAGUAGCUUUUAGGGUCUUAGAAUUUUGUCAAAAAGAAGUUGGUGAUAAAAUUGUUCGUUUUUCUCAUCAUAACAUUACAUUUUAAUGAUCUGAAAGUAAACAUAAAUUAAAAAAAUGUGAUAAAUCAUCCUUGUUUGAACGAUGUAAAACAUUGAGCUAGAAACAUUUAAUAAUACGCAGUUUAAAAUAAAUUUAAAAAAAAAAAAAAAACAGGAACUUUGUAGCCAAUUUAAUAUUAAUAUCAUAAUUCAAAUUUUGAGAUAUCGGGGUGGCCACGCACUUGGAAUUAUGAAAGUUUUUUUUUUACUGGAAAAACCUGGAAACGUAGAAUCAGAAAUAAAUACCUUUUCUUUUACCCAUCCUAUACUUCAUGAGGAAAAAAACACGCUCUGGAAAUUGUAAGAUUUUUACCUGAAAAAAUCGGGGGAAAUUGGAAACCUGAUUUGAAUAUCCACCUUUGAUAUGCUUAUUGCAUAAAUGAGAAUUGAGUUAUAUAUGUAUUUAAGUAAUGCUGCUAUUUAUAUAAAAUGUAGUUAUUUUAAUGUCAAUAUUGUCUUUGUAAUGUGUCAAUUGCUUAGUUUUAUGUUCUGUUGCUUUAAAUAAUUUUUUUUUUUUGCAAUUCUAUUUGUGAAAUUUUUGAAGUUAUUUGUUUCGAUUAUGUUUACUAAUAUUUCAAUCACAUAUGUUGCAUUAAUAUACAUUACACUAUCGAUUGUAAUUUGUAUAAAAUUUUUUUCAUUGAAAUAUUUUUUAAUGGACUAUUUUUGUUAUAAAUGCAUUUGAAUAAUAAAAUAAGACAAGUAUUAUUAGUUUUUUUUUUAUUUAUUAAAAGCAAUGAAUUAAAUAAAAAGUCAUACUAGAUUUUAAAAACCUCUUGAUCCAAAAUAUUCUUUUAAAUAUUGUUUUCAAACAAAUAUUUUUGAUGAUGAAAAUUAUCUAAAAGCAAAACAGAUCUAAUUUAAUGACAAAAUGAAGGGUUCAAUUUAUUACAAGAGUCUUAAAAAGUGCUUAUUCUAUCCUGCCAUUUUUCAAAAUCUUUUGACAUUUGUGUUAAAAAAAUGCUUCUUUUAAUGUAAUGCUUCUUUUAUUUUCUUUUUAAAAUUAAAUUCUUUGUUUUGAGCAACUGAUUUUAAAUUCCAAAUUGGAUCUCUUUUCAGAGAUAAAAAUCAACAUAAGUAAAAAAGGAAAAAAAAACUAAGUACAUAUAAAAAAAAUUACGGACUUUUUUCUCACUGAUUUUAUUGAAUUUCCCUGAUUUUUGUAACCAGUGGCAUAAAUUUUACUACUAAUAUUUAAGUUAUCCGUGCAUAAAUUAUAUUAAAAAAAAAAACAAUAUUUGUUUUUUAAACUCUAAUUCAGGUGGGGUAUUUUAGUUUAAUGCCUUGACAUUUCCAAACUUAUAAAAUUCCUAUCCUGUUGCCACCCGGGAUACUGAAAUGCAUGCAUAUAUAUGUUGAUAUUUUAACUGCUGACAUUUUAAAAAUAGGAUUAGCCUGUUUUAGAAGCAUUUUAUAUGGUAUUACUUUUUAUAAAAUUUAAUCUUGUAUAUUGACAUAAAAUUUAAUUAAUAUUAAUAUUGACAUAAGUAUUGAAUUUUUUACAUGGUGUUGUUCUAAAUAAUUUUAGCACAUAUCACUUGAUUAAAAGUCAAGUAUUAAAUAUAUUCCUGUUUUAUCAGUCCUUAUUUCUUUAGUUUGAGAAUCAGCAUGGAAACGCUUUAGUGUUGUUAAGAUGUUUUAUUUAUUUAUUAUUUUUUCUUAAAAUUACUGAAAUUAAAUGGAGCUGAUUUUGAAACUAAUUUAAAGUUAAGAAAAGUAAACCUAGCAACAUUAUUUAUUAUAAUUGAAAUAUGAAUUUGUUUCCGGAUAUGAAAGAUUUU